GCCAGAUUCCCCUUGUUUGCACCUUCUAUCGGGUCAGCAAUACCCCACACCCACAGAUCAAAUGCGUCCCACCAGCACUUUUCAGAGACCUGUUGAACUCUGAUUUGAAAGCACAUUAAAGGCGACACAGCACAGUGCAGGGUGCUGCUGCCGGGGGGUGUUCCUUCUCCGUGUCCUCGCAGCCCUGGCCAAGCCUGGUUGAAUGUCAGCUGGGAUGAAGACUUGCCAAAGCAAGAAAUCCUGAAAGGUUUAAAAGCAGCUUUGGGAUUGUAGGAGAAAUGUGGGCUGUCUCUCUGUCCCUGCCUGCAGGGCCCUGCUGUCAGAUGGGGAGAUGCCAGGGGGCUGGAACGCCUCCUCCAAUAGCCCAGAGCUGCGAGCAGCAGGGAUCAUCGUGCCCAUCAUCUUCUCCCUCAUCUUUCUUCUGGGCACCGUGGGGAAUGGGCUGGUGCUGGCCGUGCUGCUACGGAAUGGCCAAGUGAAGUACAACACCACCAACCUCUUCAUCCUCAACCUGGCCAUGGCUGACCUGUGCUUCAUCGUCUGCUGUGUCCCCUUCCAGGCCACCAUUUACACCCUGGACGGGUGGCUCUUCGGGGCCUUUGCCUGCAAGGCCGUGCAUUUUCUGAUCUACCUCACCAUGUACGCCAGCAGCUUCACCCUGGCUGCGGUCUCCAUUGACAGGUACCUGGCCAUCCGCUAUCCACUGAAGUCCCGGGAUCUCCGCACCACCCGAAACGCAGGAGUGGCCAUCGUAGUGAUCUGGUCGCUGUCGCUGCUCUUUGCAGGGCCUUACCUAAGUUACUACCAGAUUGUCCAUUACCACGGGGUGCCCAUCUGCGUCCCCAUCUGGGAGGACCAGCGCCGAAAGAUUCUGGACAUCCUCACGUUUGUCUUUGGAUACCUCUUACCCGUGACUGUGGUGAGCUUGGCAUACGCCAGGACCAUCAAGUUCCUCUGGACCUCUGUAGACCCCGUUGAAAGGAUCUCAGAGUCCCGUAAGGCCAAGCGUAAGGUCACCAAGAUGAUUGUGGCUGUCGCCAUCCUGUUCUGCCUCUGUUGGCUUCCCCACCAUCUGGUCAUCCUCUGCUUCUGGUUUGGCCACUUCCCCUUCAACAGAGCCACUUAUGCCUGCCGCCUGGCUUCCCAUUGCCUCUCGUACGCCAAUUCCUGCCUCAACCCCAUCGUCUAUGCCCUCAUCUCCAAACAUUUCCGAAAGCGUUUCAAGCAGGUCUUCACCUGCCUCUUCUUCCAGAACAAGAACAGGAAGAAGAAGAAGCGAGUCGGAAAUAAAGUCCAUGUGGUCAACGUGGGCAAAGGCUUCACCAACAGCACCAGAGGAUUCUAUGGAGGCAACACAGAGGUGACCCAGGUCCCACGGGAGAACACCAGGAGGAGGGACACUGAAGGUGCCACCCACGCCAGAGCAUGGACUCACCAGCUGCACGAUGCCACGGUCUCUGCUCAAAAAGAACUGCUGGAGGAGGAAAGCUUGGUAACAGCUGGCAAUCUCCUAGCCAUGACCCCUCCAAGAAGAUCUCAGGAGUGUCUGACUGUUCACUACAAAUGAGCAAAGCAAAGAAACCUCUUUUCCAGACAGUGAGUCAACACUCCAUUCCCAAGCAGGAAGAAUGAGGGGCAUUGAUAUUUGUUCAUCAUGCAGAGUUUCAUCUCUUCCUUCUGGGGCUGAAGGACCUGUUGCUCUCUGAGUGGUGAUGUUAUUUGGUAGAAUUAGCUCCAUGUGUGUGGUUUACUGACUUGGCAAGACACUUUUUUCCAUGUAAUGACAAUUGUAGUGGCACCCAUGUGCACUUAGUUCAAUCUUUUCUCCUCAGUGCCCCUUCCAACCUAAUGGAGAGGGCUUCCAGGAGAGCGUGAGGCCUGCACCAGUCGGUGGGCUGGGACAUCUUCCACAACGGUCAUCACUGUGGGAUUGCUGUGGGACCCAUAUCCUCCUGGGAGCAAAACUUACCCCUGCUUUGUUCCCUGUUGGCCACCCUAACCUGAACAACCACAGAGGAGAUUUUGUUUGUGGUAGCAGUUGAACGACACCCCACAGGAUGGCUGAGCAU